AUUUUCUUGAAGUAAUUUCUAUAACACAGUCAUUCAUUUUUAUAUAUUAUGAUGAGGCGUUCAUCAUCGAUUCAGAUUCAGCCUCCAACUUAUGGAAAUCUCAUUACAAUUCUGAGCAUUGAUGGAGGUGGUAUUAAAGGAAUUAUUCCUGGAAUUAUUCUUGAGUUUCUUGAAUCUCAACUUCAGGAGAUUGAUGGGGAAGAUGCAAGACUUGCAGAUUACUUUGAUGUAAUUGCAGGAACAAGCACAGGAGGUCUAUUAACAGCCAUGUUAACUGCUCCAGAUGAAAAUAAUCGUCCACUAUUUGCAGCUAAAGAUGUUAAACCGUUUUAUCUUGAAAAUUCCCCGAAAAUUUUUCCUCAAAAGCGUGGCUUAUUUGGCUGGGUUGGACGACUAUUUACAUUUUUAUUUGGACCCAAGUACGGCGGAGAAUACCUUCACAAAAUUAUAAGGGAGUUACUAGGAAAGACUCGAUUGCAUGAUACCUUGACUAAUGUAGUAAUUCCAACCUUUGAUAUCAAAAAUAUGCAGCCAAGAGUUUUCUCCACAUAUCAGGCCAUAGAGACACCGUCAUUGGAUGCUCGACUAUCAGAUAUAUGCAUUGGCACAUCUGCAGCUCCAACUUAUCUUCCUGCAUAUUAUUUCAAGAACCAGUAUAAACAA